UUCCGAAAAUAACUCAACAGUUCAGUCGAGUGAAACGCUCCCUUCUCAUCAUUCAUAAAACACAAUGCUGCUGCUUGUGAUCACAAUCUCACUCUAUUUUCACAAAUUUUCCCAAGCUGAGACACUCAAAAUCGGAGCUAUUUUCGACACCGAUGACCCUAUCAAAGAACGCGCAUUUCACCACGCCAUCCAUCAAAUCGAACCCAUCCAUGGGCGAACCAUCGAAGGCCUGGUCAAAAAUGUACCACCAAAUGACCCAUUUGAAGCCAUGCUGGCGGCUUGUCACCUCAUCGAAAGCGGAGCGGUUGCAAUUCUGGGUCCCACGACCCAUGAAAACGCCCAUAUGGUCCAAACCGUGUGCGAUAACAAAGACAUCCCAUUGCUGGAUGUCCGAUCUGUUGCCCAUCCCCAAAACUCUAUCAAUUUCUACCCUUUACAACAAAUCCUAACCCAGAUUUAUAUCAAGUUGCUCGAAGCUUGGAAUUUCGAAAAUUUUGUAAUUUUGUAUGAAAACGACGACAGUUUGAUCAGACUCGCCGAAUUGUUGAAAUUCUAUGGAAAUGGGCAUAGAAUGGUCGUGAGACAACUUGAUAAGUACCAAAAUGGUAAUUAUAGGCCAACACUGAAAGAAGUGUGGCGAUCUGGAGCAACACAUUUCGUCUUAGAUUGUUCCACUGAUAUUUUAGAGGAAGUUUUGCAUCAAGCCCAACAAGUGGGCCUUGUCACUAACAAACAGUUUUACAUUAUUACUAAUUUGGACUUCCACACGCUUGAUUUGACGUCGUUUCAAUACUCGGAAACGAACAUCACCGGAAUGCGGUUUAUUGAUCCUGAUAGUGACGAGAUUCAAAAUUUAGGACUUACACUUUACCGAAAUGACUUCACAAACACCGAGUUUGGGUUUAUCGAAGCCUGGAAGGUUAAUUUAGAGAUGGCUUUGAUCAUUGAUGCUGUUACAAUGUUUGGUGAAGUCCUAAAUAGACUUCCGAAAGAUUUUGCAAUACCUUCCAUAGACUGUGCGUCGGACAAAGCUUGGACUUACGGGACCACACUCACAAAUUUAGUUAAAUCAGUUAAGUACCCCGGUUAUACAGGUUUAAUCCAGUUUGAUAAUUUUGGACUUCGCUCAGCUUUCGGUCUCGAAAUCAUUGAACUGAAAGAAGGUGGAAUUAUCAAAAUCGGUAACUGGAAUUACUCUGAUGGGUUAAACAUUAACCGGGUUUACCCACCCGAUCCCCCUCCCCUUGUUGAGGGUAGUCUAGUAAAUAGGACUUUCAUCGUAAUUACUUGCUUGACAGAACCAUAUGGUAUGAGAAGAGAUUCAGAAGUACCAUUAUAUGGGAACGAACGUUACGAAGGCUUCGGGAUUGAUUUAAUAGCAGAACUGUCGAAAAAACUUGGUUUCAAUUACACUUUCAUCAUCCGCGAAGACAAAAAAAAUGGGGAGUUUGACGAAAGUAGCGGCGAAUGGACUGGGAUGAUUGGUGACGUUAUUAGUGGCAAAGCCGAUUUGGCAAUCACUGAUCUGACCAUCACCUCAGAACGAGAAUCUGCAGUUGAUUUCAGUACCACCUUUAUGAGUUUAGGAAUCAGCAUCCUGUACCAAAAACCCAAAAAAGCUCUUCCUAGUUUUUUCUCCUUUGCUGAUCCUUUCUCACUCACAGUUUGGAAACUCCUGGCAGCUGCUUUCUUUGGUGCUUCAAUAGCUUUGUUUAUUUUGGGCCGGAUUUCGCCAAGUGAGUGGCAAAAUCCAUACCCAUGUGUCGAAGACGAGUUUUUGGUCAAUCAGUUGAGUUUGAGAAACUGUGUCUGGUUCAUGGUCGGAAGCUUGAUGCAACAAGGAUCAGAAAUCGCCCCAAUAGCUUUUUCGACACGGAUGGUCGCUGGAAUGUGGUGGUUUUUUACUUUGAUCAUGGUGUCGUCUUACACAGCCAAUCUAGCCGCGUUUUUGACCACCGAAAGUCCAGAUCUUCCGUUCAAGGACGUGUUCGAGUUGGUACAAGUGGCAGAAAAGAAGGGGAUCAAAUUUGGGGCAAAAAUCAACGGCUCGACGGAAAAAUUUUUCCUGGAUUCCAAGCACGUCGAUGAGUACCAACAAAUCUACAAAUACAUGAAAAACCAUGAAGAUGAAGUAAUGGUCAAUGAUAAUAAAGACGGGGUCCAUAAAGCCGAACACGAAGACUAUGCCUUCUUUAUGGAAACCACCUCGAUCGAGUAUGAGACACAAAGACGUUGCGGCUUGACCUCGGUUGGCCACUCUCUGGACGAGAAAGGAUACGGAAUUGCGAUGCGAAAAAACUCCUCGUACAGAAUGGCCCUAAGCACUGCUAUUUUGAAGCUCCAAGAAGAGGGAGUUUUAGCCAAAUUGAAGCGAAAAUGGUGGGAGGAGCAACGAGGAGGUGGCCUUUGCCCGCAAGGAGAAAAAUCAACCGAAGGCACCCCCCUCAACCUCAAAAACGUGGAGGGCGUUUUCUGCGUGACGAUAAUCGGGACUGUCCUUUCCUGCGUCCUAGUUUUCGUCGAAAUGGCCGUACACACAUUUAAGAAAUCGCUCCGUGUCAAAAAACCCUUCAAAGUGCUACUAAUGGACGAAAUGCGGUUCUAUUUCAGGACUUCCGCUAUGCUCAAGCCUGUCACCGCCCCCAAACCUGAACCCUACGGCUUUAUCACAUCAUGA